AGUUGUUGAUGAGGUUUAUGCUCAGAAGUACUGUCACAGUAAUACAGAAAAAAAGCUGGAGCUGCAUUGUUAUCUUUUAAAAAGCUGAAAUAUCUUCAGUAUGCAGUUUCCUGUUCUUCUCUUCAUCUCAUCUGUUUCAGCAGUAGUUGGGAUAGUGAGUGUACUAGUUACCAAACCUGUGAUUUCCUACUGCCACCAGGCUAUCACUCUGCACUGCAAUGUUUCUCUAUUUGAUGCAAAGGACCAUGAACUCCAGGUUACUCAUCUGAGCUGGAUUAAAGAAUCAAAUAAAACAGUAUGCUCAGAAAGCAUGACAGCAAAGAAAGGUUCCAUUUACUGCCAAUACAUGCCAAACAAACAGCUGGUACUAAAUAUUGCCCACCCAAAAUCAGAUGACAUCGGACGCUAUAUCUGCAAACUCCGAUCCUCCUAUGGACAUGCAAGUGCUGAUACCAAUGUUACACUGGAGUGUCCUCAGGAAAUUGUACAGAUAAAUGAAGAUGGAAAAAACAGGGUGACAUGCAAGGUUGGGAAGUCAAACCAUCAUGGCCGUAUCCACUGGUUUAAUGGAAAAGACAAUCUAACAAGCCAGUCAACCCAGGACAUAAGUUCUGCUGCUGAUGGAUCAUAUACAGUGAUUAACAAACACAUUACACACCACUCAAACCUACAAAUCAAAGAUCAAGGAACACCAACUUCCCCAACUUUUCUCCUCGACUCCACCAUUUCUCUCUCACUCUUCUACCCCACUAGGCUCAAGAAGGCCUAUACCACAUAUGAUUUAUCUCGUGAAUCUGUUGUUUUUCUCCUUUCAUGUGUGAUAUCAUUUUAAGUUCAAGUUCAAAUUAAAUUUUCCUGAAUUUACUCACCCCCAUGUCAUCCUAGAACUUCAGUCGAAAA